AUGGAGUUCGUGGACGCAAUUGGAGAGCUGAAAGCCCUCCCCGAAGGCACCCACCUUCUCUGCCCAAGACAAAACGAAAACGACUACGGACGCUACGAUGACCUCAGCCAAGUGGACGAGGAUGGAAAGAGCAUUAAAGAUAUCGUGACUGAGGCCAAGAUCCGCCUGGAGAAAUUUCUUCUUUCCAUGCGUAUUCUCGCCUACAAUGCAGAUGGGGUGGAGGAGCUACAGACUUGGGUCCUAAGCAGGCUAGACCAGUCUUUGGAAAAGUGUGACCUCUGCAUCAAGCAGUAUUACACCGGCAAGGUCUGGCUAAUGGACCAGCUCAAAGAGGAGUACCAAGAGGAAGAUAUUGAAGCAUUUUCGCAGCGAGUGGACGAGUGGGAUAUCAAGCGCAUCACAAGAAAUUUGACUACGGCAACGACACAGCUCAAAAAGGUCGCUCCACAAGACAUCAAUCUAAGUGUCUUGGACCGAGCUGCGUUGCUCUCCAUCUUUGAAACAUUAAGUUGCGAAGCUAUGCUGCGAAGCGACGAUCUUCUUCAGAAGCAUUUUGAUGAGCCAUUCAAGCUCAUCCAGACAAAGAGGAGUCUGAAGAUCUCUGAUUAUGUCCCUGCUGUCACUCAUUUCCUGUUCGAUUCGAAUCAGCUUCGCAGUUUCUGGGCCAUCUCAACGUGGACGAGAUAUACUCGUUCCCCGACUCGCCACGAGUUUGAAUGGGCGAUUCGAGAUGGGCUUCUCAGUGCGCUGCAGCAUGGAUCGCAGGCCGCUAAUCAGCUACCACCAGAACUUGCGGUCAUCCAGCGGCUGUGGCGUGGAAUGCAGCUGAUUGUUCGGAAGCUGGACAAAGAUCAAAUUACACACAACCUCCGCGCUCUAGAGAUCGACCCCUGCCGCUUGUCUGUCGACCAUCUGCACCUACAAACACCCGGGUUGCGGUUCCUUUUGAACACCAUCCAGACUUUCCUAGAGAAAGCCCCUGGUGAUUUCUGGGACGCUAUGCAGACCAUUUCUCCCCAAGCCAUCGCCGAGCACACCUUUUACAACUUCCAGUUCAAAGCCUUUCUUAUGCAGACCACCGAGGGCGAGCCGUACGAGAAAUCUGCUCUGAAAGAUAUGCUGUCAUGGAUUACUCCAUUUCUAGCAUCCCUCAAAGGUCAUCAUCAACCAUCUGCAUGUCGGUACUUGGCAACGCAGCUGCUGCAGCGUCUCCAGGAUCCACAGUACCCCAAUCUAUCUCGAUACCAUUGCUUCCAUGUUGGCUUGAACAGUUUGCUCAGUACUCUCCGCCGGUUCACGGACCACGAGGCUUCAAGAAGCUCAGUUGACCGAGUGGUGCUCAAAGAGACCAUGGAUGUUGUGGUUGCAACCAUCAACGUCAUCCUGGAUCCCCCGGUGUUCGAUAUCGAGAAGGGACGCCAAGAAGAGAUCAACUCUCUGUGCAUGGACGUUGUUCGCAACACCUUAGCCCUAGAGUGUCAAUCAUUGAAGAGUGACUAUGAGGUCAUUUUGAAGCAUGGUACUCUCUCACAUGGAGUCUCCACCUACUCGGCGCCAAUCUGGGACGCAGUGAUCAAGCAUCUUCAUCAAGAUAAUCUCGCACUCUCAACGGCCGCUCUUCUGGGCAUUCUACCUCUCGUAGGCCUGGAGAAGUUUCCUACCAAGGGCGAAGAUAAUAAAGAGAAGACACAUUUCAAUAUGAUCUAUGGUCACCUCACCCACCUCUCCUGCCAGAUGAUCGAACGACUGGCAGACUUCUCGCCGGAACACCUGAAGACGCUUUUUCAGAGCCAGGAUACCAGCAGUGCGCUCAUCUCGACCCUUUUCGCUGCAGACUUGAACACCUAUCAAGCUGCCGUUGACCUCAUCAAGAACGUCAGUGGUCAGUUCGCACGACGAGAUGCAAUCUCCUACCUUCUCGAGUCAUUCUUCACGACAUCCAUGUAUGGCAUGAGCUGGUCUUUCCGCCGAAUUUCCAACAUGAAGACCUUCGCGCCCGCCCCGAGAAUGUUGCAUACGGGAACCGAUAUUGUAGAGAUUCUGUGUAACAGCCAGACGGGUAUGCUGCGUACGCGCAAUUUUGUCGACCGACGAGAAGUUCUGUCACUGCAGAAGCUCUGGGAAUUCUUGUGGCAAUCAUUGACCACGAUCUUUGACGAGACCGAGGCCUGGCACCUGCGUGGCAAUGACAAAACCGUCAUGCUUGAUUUCUGUCGUGAUACGAUGCAGUUCGCCAAUUUCCUCUUCGACCAGUAUGGCGUCUUCCUCGGCGCCGUGGGGGGUGCGGAUACUGCGCAGAAAUCGAUCUCAGAAAACUUCAUAAAAUCGCCCACGACCACUAUGAGUGCGAUGGUAAAGUGGUUGCGUCUCAAAGACGAGUAUCUUGCUACUACCUUGGUCGGUCUUGUGUCAAAGAUUCUGCGCCGAUUGGGUAGCCUGGAUGUGACAACAGUCAAAGCAGACGCGUUGAGCUUCAUCGAAGGCGUCGCGGUGCAUGGGACAAUCAAAACAAUCCUGACAAACCGCGACAAGGCAGAACUCGUUCGUUCGCUUGAAGCCUAUACGAAAAAGCCUGUUGUCACUGCCUCCACGGCCUCCAUGAAGAAACAAAGCUCCAUCACCUCCUUUGCCCGCCCCUCCGAUAUUUCUUCUCCUUCCUCUCGCGCCCCAAGUGAGGACGACUUUGAGGAUAUCCCUGAUCAAACUCUUCUUGACCUCUCUCGCUCUGUUGAACUCAACAAAGACCGCCUCGCCCUUGCUGCCAAGCAAAAGGGUCAAUCACCCUCCGCGAUGCAGGCCUUAACGGCUCUGAAGACGCGUCCGGCGGUGUCCAAGGGUAUGAUUGCCCCACGACCCAAGGAUGAUGCCACCAGUGUCCUGUCCUUCCGUGAGAAGCGCGAGCGCGAGAAAGAGGCCAAGAAGAAGCGGGACAUGGUUGAAUUGGCACGACUCAAGAAGAACCUGCCUGCACGUGGAGUUGCGGAGCAAACGGCGGAGCAGGGCUCUGGUCUCAAAGGUAUUGGUGUCAAGGGUAAAGAUCAUGCCGUUCCCGCGGAGAGUAUGAUGGUUUCGUCCGGAUCCGACACAGAUACUGAAAGCGAAGAUGAACUAGACAAAGAGUUAUUCGGCGAAAAGCCCAAGAAGCCAGAUGCCGUAGCCGCUUACGAACAGAGCAAGAAGAAGUCGCUCCAACAGAUGCCUGUUAAGAAGGUGAAGCGUCACCGUUCGAUGAAGGACAUGCGUGCCCGCUUGUCCCCGGACCUUUCAACCCUGCAUCAUACAAUUCUCUCCUGGGAUUUCUUCGCAAGUGGAGACCUUCCACCUACCUCGGACCGCACGGAUUACACUCUCGUUUCCAAUUCGUUCCGUUCUCCCAUGGAGUACCAGAACACUUUCAAGCCAUUGUUGAUCCUCGAGGCCUGGCAAGGGUUCCAGCAGGCCAAAGAAGAAGGCAUGUUCCGGCCGUUUGAGGUCAAGGUCAUGACCCGCUUGACUGUGGAUUCGUGGAUCGAGAUCAGUACCCAGCCCCUCGGUUUGCCCCCGAAAGACUUCAGCAUGGGCGAAGGCGACCUAGUUUUGUUUUCGAGUGCCGCAAAGCCGCACAUGGAUCAAAACGCUGGCCAUAUUCUUGCACGAGUCUCCCAUGUCAAUCGAAAAGGUGGGAAAAUGGAAGUCACAUACCGCAUGAAUCCUGGAACCAACAAAUUUCUUUCGUCGUUUGGCGUUGGCGCCACGGUUUGGGGAGUCAAGGUCACCUCGCUGACCCCAGUGGAGCGCGAGUACGGUGCUUUAAUGGCGCUGGAGUACUAUGACCUUUGUGAGGAGAUUGUGCUAGCCAAGCCUUCGCCGAUUCUUAACUACGGAGACCUAAAGUUACAGCCUAUCAUGGAAAAUUACGAUAUCAACCGUGCGCAAGCUAAGGCCAUCAAAUCUGCCAUGGACAACGACGCUUUCACUCUUAUCCAGGGUCCUCCUGGUUCCGGAAAGACCAAAACCAUCACCGCUCUUGUUGGUAGUCUCUUGACCAACUCCCUUAGCAAUACUGCGGUCUCCAUCGGGACUGGCCACAGUGCUGACAAGGCUGCUCGAGCUGCAUCUUCCAAGAAAGUCCUGGUAUGCGCACCCAGUAAUGCCGCUGUUGACGAGCUGGUCAUGCGAAUGAAGGAUGGCGUCAAAACUAUCCAUGGUCGCCAAGAGAAGAUCUCGGUCAUUCGACUGGGAAGAAGUGAUGCCAUCAACGCGAAAGUACUUGAUGUGACCCUUGACGAGAUGGUCAAUGCCCGUCUCAGUCAAACCCCUGCUGCAUCAAACAAUGUGGACAUGCAAAAGUUGUAUGAAGAGCACAAGAAGACCGACACCCAGUUCAAACACCUACGCGCAUCUCUUGAUGAAUGCCGUGCAAAGGGGAUUCCAGCGCCCGAGGAGCUGGAACGCGAGUUUGAGUUAAUGAAAAAGAAACGGACUCAACUGAGCGCCGACAUUGACAAAGCCCGCGACCACGUCCACACGUUGGCCCGCAAUGCUGACAUGAACAAGCGACGGAUUCAGCAAGAGAUUAUCGACGGUGCUCAUGUCAUUUGCACUACUCUCAGCGGCUCCGGGCACGACAUGUUCCAGAGCAUGAAUGUUGAGUUCGAGUCGGUCAUUAUUGACGAGGCGGCUCAAUGUAUUGAACUGAGCGCCCUCAUCCCGCUCAAGUACGGUUGCUCCAAGUGUGUCCUCGUUGGUGAUCCCAAACAGUUACCUCCAACUGUCCUCUCGAAGAUGGCGUCUCGAUUCCAGUACGAGCAAAGCUUGUUCGUGCGUAUGCAGAAAAAUUUCCCGCGAGACGUCCACCUGUUGGAUAUCCAGUACCGUAUGCAUCCGGACAUCAGUCUCUUUCCCAGUCUCGCCUUCUACGAUGGUAAGCUUCAGGAUGGUCCUGGAAUGGGCAAGCUUCGCAUUCGUCCGUGGCAUCAGAGCGAACUGCUCAGCCCAUACCGAUUCUUCGAUGUUCAGGGCAUGCAUCAGAGUGCGACUAAGGGACACUCCUUGAUCAACUACGCGGAGCUGCAGGUUGCGAUGCAAUUGUAUGAUCGAUUGGUUACGGACGUCAGGGACUACGAUUUUGCAGGCAAGAUCGGUAUCAUUACUCCGUACAAGGGUCAGUUACGCGAGAUGAAGAUCCAGUUCGCGGCUAGAUACGGUGAAGAUAUCCUGAAGAAGGUUGACUUCAACACCACCGAUGCUUUCCAGGGUCGGGAGAGUGAAGUCAUCAUCUUCUCUUGUGUGCGUGCUUCCAACAAAGGCAUCGGUUUCUUGGCUGAUAUCCGUCGUAUGAACGUCGGUCUUACGCGUGCCAAAUCCUCACUAUGGGUGUUGGGUAAUUCUCGGUCUCUGAUGCAAGGUGAAUUCUGGAAUGGUCUUAUCAAUAACGCUCGUGAGCGGAAUGUCUACACUGAAGGCAACAUCCCGAAGCUGCUCGAGAAACCACAGUUCACAGGUUACCGAGACAUCGAAAUGCUCGAUGCCGACUUGGCUGCUAAUGUUGCUACCCCGACUGUUUCGACUCCCCUUGCCUCACCCUUCGCACCAGCUUCUCGACCGUCCUCGGCGUCUACUGGCCUCGAUUCCCGUUCGGUCUCGGUGUCAGCCUCUGGGCCGGGCACUCCGAUGCCACGCCCCGAUGGACCCUCAGGUGGUGCCGCGGGACUUGAUGAGUCCAAGAUGUGCGGAGUCUGUGGCAGCAAUGAGCACUUCACUCACAACUGCGAUAAUGCAGAGGCAAAGGAGGCUGCCCGCGGCAAAUGCUACCGAUGCGGCGAAUUUGGCCACACCAAAUUCAACUGCACCGCUGAACGCUGCCUCGAGUGCGGCCAGUGCGGCCACUCUGCUACCAAGUGCAAGGCCACCAAACCGCUUUCCAAGCAUGAGAAGAGCCGCGUUGCCCAUGAAGAGCGUCGUCGUGCUGAGCAGCAGAAGCAGAACGCUGACCGCCAGCGCCAGCGUCAGAUGGGUGGCCACGAUCCCAAAAUUCCUACCAUUGCAGUGACCACUCAUUCUCCCUCGGUCCCCCAUGAGAACCCUGGCAGCAAGCGCAAGCGAACCGAGGGAGCCCCCGAUGGGCCCCCGGCGGCGCGACCUCGCACCGGUCCAUCGAAGCCCGCUUCUGGUCCACCACCGACUGCUCCCAAGGGUCCCCGGGCCCCUGCCCCGCCAGGUGGCCUCAUCAAACCUUCUCGCGAUCGCCCCGCUUACCCCCCGCCCGCAAGCAAGCCCUCGUCGAGUGGUGGCCCUUCACCACCGGGAUCGAAUGCCGCAGAUGCUCUUAAUCCGCCUCAGCCGAAGCCCCGUCCGCCCGUCAUGCGCAAGAAGAAGGAGGCGGACCCGUUCAUUCGGCCCAAGCCGAGACGCAAGUAG